AUUACUUUCCAUAGAGCGUGUCACUCAGAGCAGCGCUGAGUAUAUCUUGCAUUCAUACCAUGUAAGUAACGUUAAACAGCCAUAUAAAGUGAAGAGACCACCGAAAAGUACAUAGGAGGGGGGAGAGAGAGAGAUAGCAAUAAGAUUAUCUGACUCUUAAUUCUUUUGUUUUUUUGCCUCACAUUAAACAUUAAUAUGUGAGCGGCCGGGCUUGGAAAUCAAUGUUUAGCCUUAUCUACAGCAAACUGCCAUACUACCAUUUAUUCAAGCUUACAUGGAAACAAAAGACUUUCAUGGGGGAAAUGCCUGGACUUGACUGGAAUGUUACAGGGGGUUGAAAGGGGUCAUGGAUAACAUUAGUGUGCUAUAAGUGACAGGGAUGUGAUGUUUUCUGUAUGUUAUGUAUGUUUUCUAGUUUUCCGCUGGCUGACUACGAGGGGUUAAUCUAUCGCCUCUGUAUCCCUGUCGGGCAGUUACGUAAAUCCCCCUCCCCCUUCCCUCCUCCCUGUGACUCUGGUUAUGCAAUAUACACAAGACAAGAGCUCCACGUUCUACAGUAACACAGUGUUCGCAAGCAGACUUCUCCAUUCUAUCCACACAACCGAACCCGCCUCGCCAGGCUCCCACUGCUGCCUUCCUAUUGGCGGCCGCUGACAGCCCCGGCUCUGUGAUUGGCUGCCAAGAACUCCUGUUUGAGUCAGAGCGAGCCUGGAAGUGCAGAGAGUAACGCUGAGGAGUAUUGACCUACUAACACAGAUCUGUAGAGGAGCAGCAGGCUGGAGCAGGGACACAUAGACACUGCACGGGAGGCGCUGCAUCCCAGGGCUCCAGCACUCUGUGUGUGUGUGUCUGUGUCUUUUAUUGUGUUUGUAUUGUUCCUUCAUUGAUACAAAGAAUUCGGCUCAUUGAUACCCUGGCUGGAGAGUGGAUAAGUGAAGUGUUUCAUUCAAACAUCACCAGCGGCAAGGAUACCUCCGCUCUGAAGCUUCCAAUGAAGGUAAUAGCGUUGGCAGUACCAUCCUCAGUUCACUUUGUGCAGUAGGUAUGCAUGCUCUGUGUAAGUGUUGGUACUUGCCAGUGAUUUAUACACACACUCACUGCAAGUCCCUGGGAAGCUUUCCUUUGAUACAAUGCUUUGUUGCUAAAAUCCUGCAUUAUUUGAAUGGGAAUGGAUGUGGUAGACAAUGAAUGACGAGGCAACUCCCCCAUCAGUGAGGUUUGUAGCAAGCAUCCCAUUCAUCACUAUGUUUUACAAUGUGUCUUUAAGGGAUGGCUAGUAUGGGUUUGUAGCAAUAAUCCAAUUCCUCACUGUAUAUUUUAUAAUGUGUGUGUGUGUGUAUAAGUGAUGGCUGGUAUGGAUUUGUAGCAAACACCCCAUUUCUCUCUCACACACAGACACACACACACAUAUAUUAUUAAUAAUGAAUAUUUUUUAUAAUGUGUAUAUAAGGGAUGGCGUCUAUGUAUUUUUAGCAAGCACCCCAUUCCUCACUAUAGCUGUUAGUUUGUAUGUAAGGGAUGGCUGGGAUGGGUUUAGAAAUAAUGUGUUGGACACAUUGAUUGACAGCCAGGUGUGUAUAACCGUUAAGUGUGUAUUUAGGCAUAUGAUUAUGCAUGGGUGUUUGUAUUAGGUAGCAAUGUAUCUGUACGCGUACAGCUGGGGAAUACGCGAUGACCCGUUAAAAGAUCUGCAUGGGUUUUUGUGAAAUGAUUUGCCCUCCUUUUGUUGUCUGGGAGCCUGAGCAAGAUUUGUAUGACUUGUUCUUUCACAUUGCAUAAUAAUCCUACGAGGCGGCGGCAGGGGCUCCGGGCUGUGUGUUAUUGUGUGUAUUGAUUGACUGCUUUGGUGCAGGGAAUCCAUCAGAUGUUUAAUGAAGUCCACAUCCGCCAUAGAAAAUAUUACUGAUCACCGGGAGCACGUCUGCACUGCAUUUCCCACUGAUACCCCAAGUACUACGUCCUAUAGAAUGCACAGGAGGACUCAAUAGCAUUACUGAGUAUUUACACACAGAACGCGAGGAAUAACGUGGAAAGCAGUGCAGGCUGAUAGUGGAAUAAUGUAACACGCGGUGUCUAUGAAUUGGCUAUUUAUAGAUACACAUAGAAAGACAUACAUAAAUAUACAUGCAUGUGUGUGUGUGUGUGUGUGUGUGUGUGUGUGUUGAUACACACACUCACACACACACACACACACAAACACAUAUAUAUUAUUGAUAUUCAAUAUAUAACAUUUGUUAUUUUUGUGAUUGUAUAUUAAACAUCGCAAAAUAACAUAGGUUAAUAGGGAAUACAUGUGUAAAGAUAUAGAUAGAUCGAUAGACAUAUGCACAGAUAGACAGAUUACUGUUGUUCAGUAAUGGUGAAGCUGUCAUUCCCCUGAUUAGCCAUGAGAGAGGUCCCUCUAUCCAGCUGGGAGGCUGAUCACGCACAUGUUCCUGGAAAUGUUGCAUUAUGUAACCUCAGAUAUUAGCUGGCUGUCUGGGCUCUGGGUAACAGGGGAGCUGAUUGUGCGCUUUUUCAAGUUGCCUACAAUAGAAACUAGAGCGGCUCUCGAUGCUAAAAUCAAGUCGUCUGUGGGACAGAAUUUUCUGCCUUUUCCAUUAAUACUCUCCGUACAGUUUAGACAAUGACUGGAUGAGGUCAUGUUUCUGACUGCAGAGUAAAAAUAAAAUAAUGUGUGUCUAUAUUUAGCUCAGGCUUACAUUGCACGGAGGGUACAUUAAUCUUGUGCCUUCAUUGUUUAACCCUUGCUGUAUUCAGAGGGGUGUGGUAAUCAACGAGUUAAGCUGUUGAUGUACAAUGUAACCAGAAACCCAUUUCUGUUUGACCGAUUUUAUGCAAUGUAUCAGCAUCAUGUAAGGUGACACACAGCACAGAAGGGCUAUUGCAGUGAAACACAGGCACGUGUCACUGUAUAAGAUGGACAUUGACUACCAAUCUGAAGGCUUUUUUUGGUGUAUUUAAUUAUUCAUGCAUUUCUCUGCUAUCCCCUGGCUGACCCGAUCACAUGGUUAAUAUUUGUGGCUCAUUCCUAUCUUGUGAUUGCCUAAUUCUGAAAAUGCUGGUGAAAACAGCUGGCGGUAAGAACAUCUGUCCUUGGGCAAUCCAGCUAAGGUUGAACUACAACUCCCAGCUUCUGAUUGGCUUAGGCAAGGGGUUACAACAGCUGGAUUGCCAGAGGUGGGCUUUGUAACCUGCCUGAGCGCACGGUAUCACACAGCUGUGAAUGUACCUGUGACUGUGACAUUAGCCUGAUCAGUUCCUGUGCUAUAAGAAAAAGAUUAAAGACUAUACCUAGAUUGUAAGCUUGUUUGAGCAGGGCCUUCUUCACUUUUUGUGUCUUUCAACAUUAUUUUUAUCAGUCAGAUAACCACACUAUAUAAUUGUACAGUGCUGCGGAAUAUGUUGACGCCUUAUAAAAGCUAAUAACAAUAAUGAUCUAAUUAGUGAUGCAGUCCUGGCAAUGCUUCCCUGCCUAUGCCCAUAGUUCUGUGGGUAGGGUUUGAUUUCUGCUUGUUGUGAUUGAAAGGGAACACGUGAGUUUAGGGAGGUAAGGGCGGCGCUGUGCUGGCCGAGCUUUCGGAAUUCCUUUGUUCUCCUGCAGGGAAACAGACGGUCAGCAUUGCCAUGACUUUAAUGUGUAUCCGUGCAGUUGAGGACUGGGGUGGUCUGCCUUUUGGAUCUUUAGAAUGUGGUGCAAAGUAGCAUUUAUGCAGAGAUGUACUUUAAAUUUAAUUUUAAUAUAUCUAAGCCAGUCUGUAAAAAAACAGGUCAUAUUUUUUUUCUUUUGGCUUCCCAGUCCAGGGAGUUUAUAAUCUAAAUAAAACAAAUAUAGGAUUUCUAGCGCAAAUGAGAGUAUUAGUAGGCAGCUAAAACAACCCAAACCAGAGUCUCUUCUUAACUGUACUUUAUAAUCUAAAGCAUGUUUUCCCCUUCUUGAUAGAACUAUAACUCCCAUGAUACUUUGAUUGCAGUAAGGCUGUCAGAGCAUCAAGUGAGUUGUAGCUUUAAGCAGUUGGGGCUCUACCCUGUUGGCUGCCCUGAUGUAAAGAAUAUUUUCUUCAAAUUAGGAUAAUAGAAUUGCUAAAAAAAACAAACAACAACGCACCUUGUAAAUGCAAAACAAAAUUUUAUCUCUGACUCUCAGAUUUCUGAAAAUUAUCUAUAUCCCAGACAUACUUGAAAACAAAAGAAAUCAUUUACAUUGUUAAUUCUUCACAUUUUCUAGUUUAGUACAUAUACCCAUUUAUUCUAAAUAACAUAAUGGAUGUAUACAUUUUAUUACAACAAGUCUUCCAUUUGAUCUGUUAUUACUUUGUGUCUUCAUGCUGUUAUUUUAAAUGUUUACUAAAAUGUCAAAUUAUGUCUUUUUAUUCAUUGACAACAACCUCUCUACAUAAAAUUCGGUUGCAAUUCCAUGUGCAUGAUGAGUGUAUUCUUGUCUGUAUGUCACUUAUGGGGUUAAAUAAAUGUCCACAAGUAAAAAUUGUUUUACUGGGUCAAACGUCAAACAGGUUUUUAACAAUAUGUUCUCAAGACUGAAACCUGGAUCCUUAGAACUCAAUGGUCAACAGUCACUGACACAAAUAUGGUUUUAAGGAUAGUAUAUAGCAUAUUGUGGCAAUUACAUGGUAUUUAAUAAUGUAGAUUUAUUGAGAACUCUGGCCUUGGAAGUCAAUAUCUGAUGUCUGUGCAUUGAAGAAGUAUGAAUCGUAUACUAUAUUCAGAUUACAAAUAAAUGGCAUCUAGCUGUAAAAGAAUUGGAAAGGAUGUGCGAUAAUAUUAUGACAAAGCAAAUGCUGGCAGGCAAAUAUGUAAAUUAACAUCAGCAACUUAACACGCCGCAAUGUAAUAUUAUGUAACUGUGACAAAUGCUACACGGUAGAAUCUUUUAUGGAACCUAUUCAUGUGUUCAAGCAAAUUCACUCAGACACAUGUGCUUUUAUGUCUCAUAUUAUUUUUAGUGUUUGAUAUCAUUCCCUUUUUAUCUGCGUGCAGAUGCUCAUAAAUGCUGCCAGCAUCCACGUUGUCGAACCACAGAUUCUCUCUCUAGUGCUAUUACAAGAAAAUUCUCCUGUUAUCUAUUAGCCAAUAUGCCUGUCAAGGAUAUCAAACUGUCUCUUGCGUGAAUGUUAAGAUGGAAGGUACAGUUUGUUUUCAUUUGGCUCUGAUUAUGGUAUGUAGUGAAUGGUUGCUAUAAACCUGCUAAAAGCUAGCACAAAAGCAACUCUUGGUUCUUAAACAUGGAGAAUUGACAAGGGAGUUUAACAUUUUGGGACAAAAUGGCUGAAUUAUUAAUAUUCUUCAAUACAGCUCUUUUCCAGAUCAGCUAUUUUGGUAUAAUAUUUGCAAUUCCUUUGUAAGUUCACAAUCACAGCUAUGUGAAUAACCCCAUAAUAAACAGCUGAAUUUGAACCAUAUUUAGGAGCUUCAUAUUCUUAGGGAAUAUGACAUAUUCCAAUGUGCUAAUUUAGAUUUUAUUCUAUAUAUAUAUAUACAUUGCCAUUAGUUAAUGCCCACAUUUCUAGGAAUAUAUAUUUAGUAAUGUUUAUUGUGGUAUAACCUCGUUACUUGCACAUGUAACUGAUUUUCUAGAAUUAAUAAUACAUAAUAAUGAUUUAUUUCUAAUUAAGCUAAUCAGUGUUACUGUAAUGAUUUUUACUCUACAGUUUUCCUAACAACUAACUGAAUUGUAUUUACAUCCCAAAAAAGCAAAGAAAAGAGAAAUCCAUCACUUUGUUAAUAUUAACCUUUCCAUGCGUGCAGUUGACAUGUCCACAUGUAUGGUUCUCCUGACAUCUUCAUCUACCAUGAGUUGCAUGACUGAUGUACUCCAGUUCAUGCAUACUUAUGAGACCCUCUUCAGGAUUUCUCACGCAUGGGUAAUGCCAUAAACUGCGACAGGAUAUGUAUGUUCCCAUCUGCCUUUGCUAGUGAUAUGAUAGGCAGAGGAUGUUCGAAGCUCCACCUUUUGACACAUUAUACUACAAGUCAGUUUAUGCUUUGUCUGAAAUAUUUAAAUUGCAGUGUGAUUUCAAUGAAAUUGUAAUGCAGUUAAAAUGAGUUUUUUCUACAUGCCUUGUCUCUUGAGAAACUAAAAUGUGAUAGUGCCUCCAAUUAAUGUUGAAAUCAAUCCUUACAUUUUUGGCAUGUUAACAAACCUGUUUGAGUAUAGAGCCUUGCAGUGCCAAUUUGGCUGUCAAGGAUUAUCUGAAACAGAUGCCAUAGAUUGAAAUGUUACAGUAUUGCUAUUUUAUAUUUUAAUAGUUCACUCAUGACUAACCUGACCAAGUGUCGUAGCUGCUAAUAGUGCAUGCAUGGUUUCAAAAUUAGUUUAGACAUUUGGCAAUUACCACUUUGAUAGUGGAGUACUAGGUAUAACUACAAAUCGCACACUAACGGGCAUUUACAACCAUUCUCCCUCACCCAAUAGACACUGUUACAACCUACAAUUCCUGGCAUACAUACUCAUUUCUGACAGUGAAGGAGGAAGCAGUUUUCAGGCAGGUAAAUCUUUAAAGCUGUACAUUUUGACAGCACAAUGUGUAGAUUAAAUCUAUACAUAUCUCUCAUUAACACAUCUUGCAGAUGAUUUGUACACUUUAAAGAAUAAGAGAACGCAUCAAAAGAAUGCUAUGGAUCUGUUCCCUUUUUUUUCAUUUUGCAGUACGAAUUUCAAUUCAUUUAAUUCUACUGUUUAGCAAAUAAGCCUCUGGCAGAUUUGGGGGGCGAGGGGGAAGUUACUCACUGAGCACCAAACAUUAAUGAUCCAAAAAGCAUUAUAUAGGAAAAUCGAGGAUAAAAUAGCCAAAAUGUUGACUACAGUUAAGUUGGAGAAUUUUUCCAAAUCAAAUAUUUUGGCCUAAACUUUGCAGUUUGAUUUCUUUCUGUGAGUCGUGUUCAGUUGUUCAACAAGGCAGCCAGAUCACAUCACAUAAUACAUAAUAAUCAGAACAAGUGAUAACAUAAGUACAUAGACUUGCAUAACACGUAUAUAACCACUAUCUAUCCAAUACAAUUCAUUGUUUACCGUGUCUAGUGAAUAAACAUCAUCUGUUUGUAUUUUUUGCAUUCAACAAAAUCCUAAUUUGUUAUGAAAAUCUGCUGUUCCCAUUGCUGAAAUAGUUGUUUUUCUGCCACAUUUCUAACCAGUUUGUUAUGGGUUUCAUUUUUGUUUCAAAACUCACAGUGUACAUAUCAUACAUACCCAGAAUUUUUCUGUAUAAAUAACAUAUAACAUAAUAUAAAGUAAUGGUUCCCUGUUGCAGCUGCAAACAAAACAUAUGUCGAAAAUAUGCAAUUCUGUUUGUCUGAAUGUUCAUUGAAGUAUACAUAAUUCAAAGACUGCAAGCAAGCUUGACCUUUCUUCCACAUAGACAUUGAUACUUUGCUCUCAGUAAUGGAACAAAACUAUUAUAAACCACAUGACAUUUAAUUAGACAGUUUUGAAUAUAGUUGCUUUAGUAACGGUAGUUCAGUUUAAAAAGGUUCUUAUGAUAAAUAUACUACAUGGGUGGGAAAUAGACCACAUUUCUGAUUUCAUCAAGUUGACAUAAACAUAUAAAAUGCAUACAGUAAUGCAUAUAGACCUGUAGUUUGCAAAAUCCAGACAACACUCACUUCAUAAAAGUAUGGAUUGUCAAGAAUUCAAAGUGAAUUUAACAUUUUAAAUCACAGAACUGACAAUUUAGCUGGUUUGGAGAAUGUUUCCAAUGUGACUAAAACAGCAAUUUUGAAUCCACUUUUGAGUCCCUGACAAUUCACACUUUAGUAAAUACCACUAUUAGAUAUUUUAUUCAGUUAUGAUUUUCAUCAUCAGAAAGCAUAUGAAUAAAACACAAAUUCUUAUACACGGCACAGACAAACACCUACAAAAUGGUACGCAUGCCUAAUUUUAGCAAACAUUUUUGAGAUUUUGAAAAGGAGUAGGUACUGUUGCAUCAAAUAAUUCUUAUAUAGUGUUUUAUAAGUGUUUCACACAUUUUAAACAGUGAACAUUGUCACUCAUUGCAUGAAUGUAUUAAUCUGGGGAUGUGUUUUGUAAUAUAAACUUGUUUGUUGGUAGACAGAGGUCUGCAACACUUUGCACUACAAAUGUUUACUAAAACAGCAAUAAAUAAAUGAAUGAAUGGGCAAACAGAAUAGUUGAUAAAUGUAGGCCUUUGCUUCAUAUAGUUGUCUGCAUAAAGAGGGUGUUAGGUAACUUCAGUUCUAAGUGCCAUAUAACUAGUUGUGACAUAACAGGCUUUGUUGCUUUUAAGAAUGCGUUUUCCAUUACAGACUGUUGGUUAGUGCUCAGGAUCACCCUGUGCUAAUCAGUUCUGAAAUAUGAUCUUGGAGACAGGAUAACACUGUUUGUUUGCAUAGAGCGGGCAAGGCAGCCCUGGAGGAGGAAGCGAUGCCUUGCCAGUCACGUAUUCCCAGUGUUUGUGUGUAGUCAUUCAUUAACAUUGCAAUCCACUGAUGAAGAGAGAGGAGAGAGCUCUAUUUCUCCCCUAUCGUCACAAAAGAAAACAGUUGAAAAACAAAUUUGCUAACAAUGCACACUUUAAAAAAACAAAAAACAACCUUAAGUGAAGCAUCCAAACUCGUUUUAGUCAUUAACUGUUAAUAAUUGUUUCGUUUUUUUAAAUGUAGAAUAGGCCCAGCUGCGGCCUUUCAAUCAUUUUUGCACUUUGAUGCUUAGCACCCUCAGCUAUGGGGUUGAGGAAGUUACAGUUUAAUCAGAGCAGGUAUACCGCAGCUUGCUCAAUCCGUGAAUAUUGUUUUUUCCACCCAAAAAGCUAAAACGAGGGGAAAUGUUUUAUUUUUGUAUGUUUUACAUAUGUUUUACCAGUUUGUUCAAGGUAAUGGGAGAAUUAACAAUGUCUAGUCCAUUUUAUAGGGAACAAAGGGAAGUUUUAAAACCAGAGCAAAGUUGGAACGUGAGUGUGUAUUUUUCUUUUGCUAUUCAAAAUAAAUAAAUAUUAAAAAUAUAUAAAAAUAACAAAGAACAUUGAUUAUUAUAUCCAGAACUGGCUAAAAUUCAGGUACUAGUGGGAGAAACAAAAUUUGCUUUAUAUUGUUCGAAAUCUAUGGGAAAUAGUAGCCCUUGUCACGAUGCAGAUUUAUAAUAGAGAGAGAGAGAUGUCUUAGUGUGAACGCAUUAUUGCCACUUAAAGCAUACUGAUACUUUUGCUGUUGAUUCUAUUUCCAAGAAGGGACAUGAGGCCACGGCUGUAAACAUCUCUGUUCCAGAACAUCCAGUCCGGGUAUCAAAGAAAGUUUAAGUAUUGCAAAACUACAGUCAUCAUAAUUAUAAGGCAUUGGACACACAAUGGCCUUGUUACAGCUCAUGCAGCAAAUGUUUUGCGCUGAAGAUAUUUAAUAACAGCUUGAGUACAAUAAUAACAAUAAUAGCAAAAAUACAAGUUAUGAGAUCAGACAAGGCUGCCUCUUUUUUUUCCAUUAUCUAAUCUAUGAGGACAAAAAUGCUCCAGUGACCUAUUAAUAGAGGACUAUAUCAAUCAUAGCUGACAGUUCAAUAAACACAACACAAGUGUUCAGCACAUUCCACAGUUUCUCUGAAUAUAUCUAUUUACAUGAGGAAAAAAAAUAUUGUAAACUCAGGUUAAAUUUACCCUGCAGACCACAUCCGUUUAGUUAAACCAGUAGUUGAAUCACAAUCAUUAAAAGUUAUUUUUUUAUUGUUUGUUUAUUUCAUUUACUUAGCAAUGAUUGCAAGUUGUAGCUAAUGUAAUUUUCCCAGAGAUCAUUUCAUGACGCUGGCUACUAAACCUUUUUUAGAGGCAAUUCUGUUAUAGGUGGUUAUGGUACACACAUUUACACCCUAAUUGUUUAGCUAAUAGGACAUUUUUUUUUACUGAGGUUUGUUGUAAUGGGCAUACAAUGUUGCUGCAUGAUGAAAAUCUGAUACUGAAUCUCACCACCUAAUAUAAUACACUGUGUACCAUGACACAAAAUAAACUGAAAUGUUAGUUUCUCUAAAAUCUUAACUAUUUGUCAUAUAAAGGGAACAGGGGGAUUUUUACCACAUUUAUACAUCAUUUCCUGUGAUCAUUUGUUGGCUAAUAAAAGCUUACUCAGCUAGCCUACAUAUUCUGCUGCCACUGGAGAAAAUGGUUUCUAGCUCUUUAGCAUUUGAAAACAGGGUUUUAUGUAGGAGACCUAGUGAGAGGGUAGGGGAAUAAUUGUAAGAUAACUUCAUGCCUUUUGGUAGCCCGUUAUGUAAAUGGUCAGUUAGAUAAAAUAUUUUGUUAACACAAGAUAAUUUAUAAAAAUAUUUCUGCAGUUUUAGCACUUAACCUGUGAGCUCGGUGAUGCUCUGUUUUAUAUCAAUGGGUCGGUUUACUAGUUACCAUAAAAACUGAAGUAGCUUAUAAAAUUAGUUACUUUUGUAAGUAAAAAAAACUUUGUGCUAUUCAUAGCUCUGCUCAUGGGGUGAUUUCUGUGUGUAGCUCACCACUUGCAAAGUACAUUUUACCAGUGUAAAUACUGAGUUAGCUCAAUUCACGUAAAAUAAAAAAAUAAAAAAACAUUGUGCAAGUGGCUAAUUAUAGCCUCAUAUAGUAAAACAUCAUGACUGUUUGCGGUCAUAAUGCCAUAACUAACUUGCUGAAUGGCCAGUAGGGGAUUUAGAAAAAAAAUAAAACAAUUAAGUGUCCCCAGACAUGAAGAUUAAGCGUUGGGUCCAGGACAAGGCUUCAUCUCCCUCCACCCUGUGUGGACAACUGCAAAUGGCCCUUGUACCUUCCUUUAAGUGGGGUUAUAAAUGGCCAUGCACUGAAUCUAUAGUCUAUUUCCAUUCCUCUUUCAAUAUUUGGUGGGAUGGAGGGUAGUAAUGUCAAGGCAACAAACCAAGAGAAGCUUAGGUAAAAAACACCACACCUAAACAUUAGAUGGUGGACAGUAUAACAUAUAAGCAAUUGUCCCAUGGCUGAAGGGUUUGAAAAAGAAGAGCUCUUCAAAUCUCUCUCACUGAUGAUGUCAUCAAAUCACAUGUAUGACAAGUUACAAAUUAACUUCAGCCCACCAAAUGCUGCAGGUUAAGUGGACUCUCAAGGUACCAGAUGAGCAAGAAUACAUCUCACAACUCUAAUGUAUUUGCAUGGUGUUAAAUAUAUAUAUAUUUUUUACAGACAGCAAAGAGCUUCUCCUUGUCUCCAGGGUUCAAAAGGAAGUGGUGAUACACCUAUUGGGAAAUCUUUUAUUUGUAUCAUAAAUUCUUGCUUAGCAGCUGCCACUAACAUUAACUAACACAAUAAAAUCAUUUUCAAGUGACUGAACAAGCCCGUUUCCUUCACUUGAAUGAGAAAUUACUAUGUAUUUGCAUUAUUGCAUCAUACAACGCCCCCUCGCUAAUUCUUCCAAUAGUAGACUAUGCUAGAACAUGAUUCAUUGAAAGUUCUCAGACACUUCCCUGUGAUUUCUGUGUAAAAGAAUGUCAUGGUAAAGUGUUUUUAUGGUUCUUUUUUCAGUGCAUUGAAAAUAAAUAGUCCUUUUAAAUAAAUCUUUAAAGUUUCCUUUUACAGUUUGUCAAAUCCUGCAGUCUAGUUCAGUGGUAGGAAAGUGGACGUGUGUGUGCGUGUGUGUGUGUAAAAUAUUUUAUUUCUAUAUUUAAUUUAAACAAAGGCAAAAAAACACAAAAAAACAUCAUAUAUAUAUAUAUCUUUUUCAUCAGGAAGUAUUCGCCAUUUUCCCACCACAAAACCCAUCUGACAAAUUUGAGGUUUUGUAUAUAUGUAUCUAGUUACAUACAUGAAAAAAGAAAUGACUGUUCAAAUGUCAUCAAUGUCAAUAAAACCUCAAAUAUUAACUACAUCUCUUGUUUGUGUGCUUUUUAAUGUCAGAAACUGCAUUACAACCUCAGUGAGCAGUAGUUAAACCUGGCACCCCAUAUAACGGUGCUUUUUUGGGGAGCCAAUAUCAGCCAUCACUACUGUAAGUGCUACUGGACUAAAUAGCAUUGUUGGUGUCAAGGAGCAGUAGCAUUUGUAGAAAACAUGCUGAUUUAAUAGAAAAAAAACAGGGAUGGACAAAUUUGCUUGGAAUCUAGGAAUCAGUUAAAAAAGUUAGGAGCCAGGUUUUUUUUUAACUAACAAAGCUUAAUUUUGAGAGCAAAAAAUAAAAUUCUUAAAGUGACACUAUAGUCACCAGAACCACUACAGCUCAAUGUAGUAGUUCUGAUGUCUAUAGCCUGUCCCUGCAGGCUUUUCAAUGUAAAAACUAUCUUUUCAGAGAACAGGCAGUGUUUAGAUUGCUGCCUAAUAACACCUCUAGUGGUAGUCAAUCAGACGGCCACUAGAGGUGCUUCUUAGUCCAGUGCUGCAUAGUGUGCAGCAACUACAUUCAGUACGUCUCCAUGUUCUAAGGUUCCCCAUAGAGAUGCACUGAUUAGAUGUGUGCAAUAGCCUCCAUGUGCUUUCCUAUGGGAAAGCAUUGGCUUGGCUGAGAUAAUCAAGAUUGAUAAUCUCAGCCAUAGAGGCGGGGCCACCCACAGCGGGACCGACAUGGUGUGGGGAAAAAAGGUGAGUAAAAUCACCUAAGCAGACACACUCACUGAAAGACAGAUAUGGACAUGCUCACUGACAGACACUCUCUGAAAGACACACACACUCUCACACACAUUUAGAAAUUAUGUAUUUCGCCUACAUUUGUGAGAGUUGGAAUGCAUCUGCUUUCCCUGGGGUCCAGUGGGGAUACUGUCAUCUUCACUGCAGGGCACGCUAUGCAGGAAGAGCACAGCUCUAAAUUAUACUUUCAUGAUUAGAAUAUUUUUCAUUUAAUUCCAUGGUUCAGUAGUAAUUGAUUAUAAAAUGGAAUUUCAAGUUGGACUGCUGGUUGUUGGACUACACAGCUAAUAUCAAUGUAAUUUGACAUCAUCCCUUUUCACUUCAUGUUAGAAAAAUGUUAUGUAAACCUGGGAGAUGAAAUAGGCUGUACAAGCUCACCAAAUCUUCAAGGUAAUUCUACUUAUCACCUCCUCUAGAACAUUCUACCAUUUUGACACCACCCUACACACUCUCUUCCCACUGCAUACCAAUUUAUUAUUGCCAUAAAACUUCUCUGCCCAUUUUAGAACUCCCAAGAUCAUUUUGUCCACAUCUUGUAUAUCACUUCCAAGUUAAAGGACCACUAUAGGCACCCAGACCACUUCAGCUCAAUGAAGUGGUCUGGGUGCCAGGUCCCCCUAGUUUUAACCCUGCAGCUGAAAACAUACAUUACAGGGUUAAUCCGGCCUCUAGUGGCUAUCUUCUUGACAGCCAGGCUCUGGCCGCGCAUGCAAAUUCGUCUACUCUCGGGAGCUGACAUCGGCAGGGGAGGAGAGGUCACCAGCGCCGAGGGAGCCCGGCGCUGGAUUAAGGUAAGUGACUGAAGGGGAUUUAACCAUAGAGCCCAGUGGGAGGGGGGCCAUGAGGGAGGGGGGGACCUAAUAACCCUAUAGUGCCGGGAAAACUGGGUUUGUUUUCCUGGGACUAUAGUGCUCUUUUUAGCACUUCCCACAUAUAUGGCAGCAAUGGAUAUCUGUUCUAAGAAUAUAUCUUGAGCAUUCCAGCAGACAAUGUAUUUUGGUUUAGUUGUGAUGUUUGUGCUAAUCUUUGGGCUUCCACAUUCCCAAAGCUGGAUGUCUCCUCCCUAUUACCAUUAAAAUGUUUACCAUAUCUGUGAAUAGAUGUUCAAAUUUCUGUCUACAUGAUGGCAACCAAAAGGUGGGCCCUUGUUCCUUGAAAAUAGCCCUUUUACAAUGAAAAAUGAAAAUACUCAUAGAAGCACAGAAAGCCAGCUUAGCUUUGCAGGAAAAUAUCCCACAAUUUACUUUCUUCGUUCAGUAAUUUAGGGCUAUUGUGAUAAAGCAUAAUGAUAGUAGUUUUAAAAAAAAUGCUAUUAUACUGUUUGAACUGCACUUACAGUCAUUACCAUAAACUAAAUAAAAAGAGCAUUCAACGAUGACUCAUGCAUAGAGGGAUUAGAAUGUGUUUUAGGAUGACUAGCUGGAGUAAAUGAUAUUCAUUGAUUUGCAUGGUGAAUCAGUUUCUGGGGAUUUUUUUAUAUAUUUUUUUUCUAGCAGGAAUGAAAAAUAUGUUUGUAUGUGUUCCGAAUGUAAAUAAUUUCUGCAACGAUGAAUUACCAUAGAGGGAUUACCAUAGAGAGAAAGCAUUGAGCUUGGCAGAAGAUACAGCAUGGUGAAUCCUGUGUUGGGCUCGAGGAAUGAAGAGAAAGUAGAAUUUGUACGGUUACGGUUCUUUUUGAGCGUGUUCCUCGUCUCAUUGGCACUCAAAGAGUUAAUCCCACUUUUAUAUCACAGCAAGCGCGGCAAGCGACGGCGCUUUUGCUUUAGUGCUGAACCCUGAGCGCUUUCAAAAUGAUGAAGGCUUGUCAGCUGCCUACGAAUAGUUACAUAUUAGUCUCUGGAUAAAUGUGCCAGCCGUUCAUAAAAUAAUCCUGUAAUUGCCCAUUUAGUCGCUCAGUCUUUCUUCCAUGUCUGGGAAUAGAUCUUACAAGCACUGCCUGUUGUCUGGGUCAGAGGUUCUUUUAUAGGCUGUAAAUGGAGCUGGAAUCCAAAAGCGAAGUAUCGUCUUCCAUCAGGAGCUUUCCAUAAACGCAUGUGAACCUUAGCCUGCCUUGAAAAGGCUCUGUUCUGCUCUUUAUAUAAGAAGUUUAAAUCAGGACUGAAUAGGAACAGCUUGUGUCCUCUAAGAAAGAUAGAUGUCUGGGUUGCUUCCAUUAAACAUUUCAAAUCAGAAAAUAUAUCAAGUCAGAAAAGCGAAUUGAGUGGAUGGAUGGAUGAUAUUUACUAAGAGGUUAAAUGCCUAUGUUAUCAUGUGAAGCCUCAUUUUCAAGCUGAAACCUGGAAUGUCAUAGGAAUUAUAUUAGAUGCAUGUGCGAAGUGCUGGGCCUGGUUUGUAGCGUAAUGUUUAAAGAAGCAGUCUGUAUCUUAUGUUAUCCAAACAAAGGAAAAACAAGCACUCGAUGUUACUUGUAACAGGCUUCCAGCUCUGUUAUUCCAAGGAGAGAAAUAAAAUUAGAUUAAUGAGGCAUUGUAAAAGAGUGAAAUGGUAACCUUGUUGGCUCGCUUUGUGUACCUUGGCAGGAUGUGCUGUGAGCAUUAGCUGAGUAUUUAUAUUUGUAUGAACAGUUGUUCUUUUACUAUUUUUUGAUCACUGAAAACCAAACCAUGGAGAGUCAGUCAGAAAAACAAAAACAGGAUUUUUCUACCAGUGAAGUAUGACAUCAGGCCACCAACCAUUUCCCAUCCUUGGUGAUCCCUUGUUUGCAGACAGCUUUUCAUUUUUGAAAUUAUGCAAAUGUUUAUCUUAUCUCUAAAGUGCAUCAUAGAGAAAUCACCGACAUAAAUCAACAUUUAGAAGGCAAAACAAAAUGAAUUUGUUUCACUUAUUUUUCUUACAUUUAGUAGAUUUUUUUUCUGAUUUCGUUUUUGUUUCUUUUUUUUAAUUAUUUUAUUAAAAUGAAUACAUACCAAGAGAAAUAUCAAAUUAUAAUAAAGACAUUUCUUCCAAAAGGCUUUAGAGAUGAGGAAGUAGCAUUUUUAUGGCCCCAAUAAAGACUCUUACUUGAUAUAGUAAGAGUAAACCUACCACUUUUGACCUCUGACUUAAGCCCAGCGCAGCUGCAAUCAUCACAGGCAGAUUUGUGCUGAUGUUGUCAAAAGUAGAGUUGUGCUGAUUUUAGCAAACCCUGUUUGUAACUUUUACUGCCACUCUGAGCCUCUCUACCAGCAAAGGCCAUUUUCAACUGUACAUUUUCUGGUCACUGACCAUGAAUGCUAAUUUUAUUAUAGUUGUCAGAAUGUGGGUUCGUUUACAAAAGGUUAACUUGAGUGAGUGGGUAUGUUUUCUAGACUUGUGCUCGACAGGAAAAUUAGGUUUAACCUAAUCAUUUAAAUCAGAGGAAAAACAAUUCGGUAAUGCAGUGGUUCCUCUCACACCAAAUAUCAUCUAUGCAAACUAUUCACAAAAAGGAUUCUGGAGGACAUGAAAGUGUACCGACAAAUAAAUACUAUAUGUGUAUAUAUAUAUAUAUAUAUAUAUAUAUAUAUAUAUAUAUAUAUAUAUAUAUAUGUACAUAUUUGGCAGUACACUACACUUUAAUAAACGCCCAACAUUUUUUGGGAGGGUGCCACAGGUGAAUAUUGAAUCACGAACAGCCGAACCCGCUCAUCCAGGGUCCAUUUCGGAUGCAUCGUGUUUUGGUCAUAUGGCUAUUCAGAGUUAUGAAAUUUGGAUGACCUGCCAAUUGCCCAAAACUAGGAUGAAAUUACAAUUCUACCAAAAAAGGAGUAGAGAAUUCUUGUGAUUUUCCAUGUCAGUAUUAUCACCCCUUUCAAAAGUUCUAUAGCAGAAAAACACAAAACUGUGUUCAAUAUAUAUUGUCCAUUUAAAGAAAACUAAAACAUGUUUUUUUAGACAAUCAGAAUAAAUCACUUAUCACUGCCAUAUAUAAUAUGUAGCAUAAAAAGUUUAUAGUAUAUAGAACAUACGGAACAAACAUAUAUUGUUAUAUUAUUGAUACCUUUAAUGUCCUGGAUGUUUAACACUACUUUUGCAUACCAUUAGAUGUGUAAAUUACAUCUUGUUAACGAGAUGGAAUUCUUUGUCAGCGUUAUUAUAACACAAUCUGAACCCCAUAGGAGUGCAUUAUAACACCUGCUGGGUAAUGCUUUAUUGUUGUAGCUUAGACAGCAGUUGUGAUCUGGAACAGCUGUGAAUUUUCCAUUAGGAGUAAUAUGGGCUGUGUGUCUGUUUGUGUGUAUGCCAUAAUACACGUGGCAAAAUAAUGUUCUAAAAAGUAAGAUGCUAUUUUUACUAAAGUGCAAUAAAGUGCAAAUAUUGCUGAAACACUGCACAUGCACAGACGUUUUGCUUCAUUACCACUUACAAAAGCAGAAGUGGUAAUGGAGGUUGGAGGAGCGCUUUAAUCCCUUAAGGACAAAUGAUAUGUGUGACAUGUCAUGAUUUCCUUUUAUUCCAGAAGUUUGGUCCUUAAGGGGUUAAUAUGGAAAACAACCUUGUGUAAAUGGCAGAGAUUUACUCUUAAUACAUUACAGGCCAGCCCAGGAUCUGGUAUCAGCAUCAGAGCAAUAUGCAGUUCCAUGAUAUAUAUAGAAUAUCACGUGGGGAUUCCAAAUAGCGCUUUUAAAAUAAUAGAAAAUCCAAAUUUUUUAUUAUUUUUUUUUCAAUUUUUUUUUUUCUUUUAAGAUCCAAAUUUUGCCAGUAGUUGUCUAGAUUUUCAUACAAUCACACGUGAUUUAUUGCAAUAUACAUUUUAGUCUUACAUUGUGCUGAGUUAUUAUUAUCUGAGCUCAUUUUAAAGAGUUGUGUUUGGUUUAAAAUAAUGUGGGUCUUUCAUUAUUCAUAGGGCACUUUUAUAUAUACCAGUUUAAAUCAUAGGGGCUUUACUAGUUGUCAUGCCAGUUCACUUUUUCCACUUCUCUUUAAAUUUCAAGUGCUUGUUAGUCAUUAAAUUUAGUAUUUGUUCCUCAUGCUGUCAGAAUAUCCAGACAAAUGUCAUGUGAAUCUCCAACCAACUACUACGACAGCAUCACAUAGCAUUUAUAGUACGUGAAUAUGGAGAUCUUUGUUCAUUUGAAUAUACCAGAUUGGUGUUUUAUAAGCAACCACAAAUAUACAUUUUACAAGAUGUUUCAAACAUUUGCAGAAGUACAUGUGAUUGUGGUUGUUGUAACAAACCCAUAGUUCUUUAAAAUGCCUAGUGUAAUCUUAAUACAUUCCGUGCUUCAGAGGAUAUUAUGCACUUAAAAUGGUCUUUUGAAGACGUGGUAACUGGAGUGGGUUGAGGUUUUCUUAAUGAUAUUUUGUUUGUGUUACUAUUUCUAUUUUUAACACAGUUGUUUUUCUUUUGCAGGUGGAUUAGAACAUAACCAAGACUAAAACUGAGAUGGCCACAAAUUCAUUACUUCAAGGUCUUGAAGAAAACAUUAAUAACAGAUGGAUUUUCUUAUAAAUAAUAUCGUCAUCUGGUCUGAGGAAAACAGUGAAACUGCGGGAGGGUUCUAGUUACACAUGGUUCUCAUGCAGUUGAGAAAAAUGCCAACAAUUAAAAAAGAGGAUUGUGUCGAUAGCAGAAGUACCAUGGAAAAUGCCCUCAUUCUUAGUCCCAGUAUACUGGACAUGUCUGAAUCAAUGGAUUCCAGCAAUGAUAUGCUGUACAGUGAUGGGGGUAGUGUUAAGAACAAGUCGUCAUCCUGUCGGAGGAAACGGGAAUUUAUCCCAGAUGAAAAGAAAGACGCUAUGUACUGGGAAAAAAGAAGAAAAAACAAUGAAGCCGCAAAAAGGUCGCGUGAAAAACGGAGGCUGAAUGACAUGGUUUUGGAAAAUAAGUUAAUUGCAUUAGGAGAGGAAAAUGCCAACUUGAAAACAGAGCUACUUUCUUUAAAACUUAAAUUUGGUUUGAUAAGUUCUACCUUAUAUGCCCAAGAAAUCCAGAAGGUCACCAGCUCCACAGCUGUAUACUUUCAGGAGUAUGCACCUUCCAAAUCUGGUGUCAGGUCUUUUUCUGGUGACCAUGAACAUUCGCUAAUAAACAGCAGUUGUAUUUCUGUCAUUAAGCACUCUCCACAAAGCUCUCUGUCAGAUGCAUCAGAAACAUCAUCAGGAGAGCAUGUUCAGUCGAACCCCAUCCAGAGCACUUGCAGAACUUCAGACCUGCAGUUUCAAAGGAUAAAACAGGAACCUGCUGACAAUUUUAAUAGAGAUCCACGGGAUGCAAGUUCUUCUUACACAACAUCUAUAUAUCAGAACUUCAUUGGAAACACCUUCCCUGUGUACUCACAUUCUCCACCGCUGCAUAUUAAUAGUUCAUCUAGUAAUUCUCCAAGAACAUCGGAAGCUGAUGAGUGUGUAGUAGGAAAGACCUCUGAUGCCGAAGAUGAGCAGCAAGUUCCAAAAGGUCCCAUACAUUCCCCUGUUGAACUUAAAAAUGGUCACACCACAGUCAUAAAGGUUCCAGAGGUGAACUCAUCUGCCCUGCCUCACAAGCUGCGAAUUAAAGCCAAGGCAAUGCAGAUAAAAGUAGAAACACUGGAUAAUAAUGAUAUUGCCACACAAAAACUGCCUUUGCCAAUUGACAUGUCAUCAAAAAGGCAUUUUCAGCUUGAAAAACACAGCACUGAAACCGUGGUACAUUCUGCUCUAUCACCAUUGUCUGUUCAAGUGACUAAUAUUCAUGACUGGCCGAUUAAGCCAGGACAGUGGCUCCAUAAGGAACUUGACCAAAUUCCCACUGUUUGCAAAACGGUUGGGGUUGUUGAAUUAAAAGACAGUGUGUACAAAACUGCUGCAUCCGAGAGCUUGUAUCUAAAGCAAGGUAUUGCUAAUUUAUCUGCUGAGGUUGCCACACUUAAGAGACUCAUAGUUAACCAGGAAAUCUGUGCUUCGAAUUCCAGCUAAAUUACUACUGAAUGGAAUAAAAUGCUUCUUGUAAAGCGUGUAGUUUGCAGUAAAUUGGUAUGUUUUGUAUAAUGCAACAUUUUCACUGGACUUGUGACGUCAUUUCACUGUACUGUUCGUGUGAUGAUGUCUGAUGAAUAUUGUCUUUUUGUGCACAGUAAAUCUGAAGACUAAAUUGUGUUAUCAUUAUGCCUUGUGUACAGUUAGGUAGUCAAUUUAAGGUUGUAAAUAUUUCAAAUAUUAUUUUUUGCUGGUCUGUUAUAAACUGUGCAAGUAAACAGUUGUAAUAAAGUAUUGGUUACAAACAUGGGGCUUUGGUUUGUUUCAAGUACAAUUUGAUGCAUUGUUUUAUGUAAG